CAUACGUGGUUUCUGUCAGUUCUUCGAGAAGACUUUAAAGGUGGAAAAAUUGACCUACAAAAAACUCAGAAAUUACUUGAAAAAUUUAAUGUUCAAUAUAGUAGUAUUCAUGUGAAGUAUAUUUUUAAGGAUAAUGACAGGCUGAAGCAAGGAAAAAUCACCAUAGAAGAAUUUAGAUCAAUUUAUCGAAGUAUUGUAUACAGAGAAGAAAUUAUUGAGAUUUUCAAUGCAUAUUCUGAAAACCGAAAAAUUCUUUUUGAAAAAAAUUUGGAUGACUUUUUGAGAAAAGAGCAGUAUAUAGUUAACUUGAGUGAAAGUAUUGCUUCUGCGACCAUUGAAAAAUAUGAGCCUGUUCAAGAAGUUAAGCAAGCAAGGCAGAUGACAUUUGAAGGUUUUACAAGAUUCCUGAAUUCAUCUGAAUUCCUACUAUUUAGUAAAGAAUUUAAUAAUGUUUAUCAAGAUAUGCACCAUCCAUUAAAUGAUUAUUUUAUCUCAAGUUCACAUAAUACAUACUUGAUAUCUGACCAACUAAUAGGGCCAAGUGACAUUUGGGGAUAUGAAAGUGCCCUUGUGAAAGGAUGCCGGUGUCUCGAAAUUGAUUGCUGGGAUGGAUCACAAAAUGAACCUGUUGUGUACCAUGGUUAUACACUCACCAGCAAACUCUUGUUUAAAACUGUUAUUCAAGCUAUACAUAAAUAUGCAUUCAUAACAUCUGACUACCCAGUGGUGCUCUCUUUAGAAAAUCACUGCUCCCCUUCCCAACAAGAAGUGUUAGCAGACAUUUUGCAGACUGUGUUGGGAGAUACCUUGCUGUCUGAUAUGCUUGAUGAUUUUUCAGACAAACUACCUUCACCAGAGGCAUUAAAAUUUAAAAUAUUAGUUAGAAACAAGAAAAUAGAAAGCCAUGCAAGGAGAGGUUUGGAAAAGCAUGGUGAAGUAGAGGAAUAUGAAGAAUAUGAAGAUGUAGAUGAUGAAGAGGAAGUGGACAAAGUCAAAAGUUCAAGAUCAUUGGAUAUUCUAACAAACAAUCCAGUAAAGGAAAAAGAGUCAAAGAUUUCACUUAGAUUGUCACUUUUCAGAAAAAAGAAGAUAAAAGUGGCUGUGGCCCUCUCUGAUCUUGUCAUUUAUACUAAAGCUGAGAAGUUCAGAAACUUUAGCUAUUCAAGAAACAAUCAACAAUUCUAUGAAACUAAUUCUAUUGAGGAGAGAAGAGCUCGGAAACUUUCCAAGUUAAAAGCCCAUGAUUUUAUUCUUCACAACACGAAGUUUAUUACCAGAAUAUAUCCCAAAGCAACAAGAGCAGACUCUUCUAAUUUUAAUCCUCAAGAAUUUUGGAAUAUAGGUUGUCAAAUGGUGGCCUUAAAUUUCCAGACCCCUGGUAUGCCUAUGGACAUUCAAAAUGGGAAAUUUUUGGAUAAUGGUGGUUCUGGAUAUAUUUUGAAACCACAAUUUCUAAGGGAUAUUGAAACAAAGUUUAACCCAAAGGAUAUACCAGAAAACAGCAAGCCAGUUACACUUACAAUAAAAGUUAUCAGUGGUAUUCAGUUGCCUCCCAGUGUUCAUUCAUCAUCUAACAAAGCUGACGUAUUAGUGAUUAUAGAAAUCUUUGGUGUCCCAAAUGAUGAAGUUAAACAACAGACUCGUGUAAUUAAAAGAAAUGCUUUUAGUCCAAGAUGGAAUGAAACGUUCACAUUUAUUAUUCAGGUGCCAGAAUUGGCAUUGAUACGUUUUGUUGUGGAAAGUCAAAAUGUAAUAGCCGAAAAUGAAUUUCUCGGGCAAUAUACUUUACCACUUUUAUGCAUGGGCAAAGGUUUUCGUCGCGUUCCUCUCUUUUCCAGAACUGGGGAGGAUCUUGAGCCUGCCUCCCUGUUUGUUUAUGUUUGGUACAUCAGAUAGCAACUAAUAGUACCUGACCCAUUGUUAGCUACAUAUCACAAUAAAAUGGCCAAA